AGAGGGGGGUUUGCUGGCCUUGUUCGCAGAAGCUGCUUCCGUCGGGCACGAGAUUCUUUUGCUGCGCGGGAGGGCGGCAGGACUGAUCCCACGAGGAGACCCGGCUCGCGGCUAACGGCUGUUCAGAAGAAUCAUGCAGGGGAACCGAGGCUUUAAGAUGGACCAGCAGAAUCAUGCUCCUCGGAAGCAAAUGAUGCACCAGCAACAGCAUCCACACCACCACCAACAGCAACAACAACAUCAUCAUCAGCAGCAUCAUCAGCAGCAGCAGCAGCAGCAAGAGGCUCCUUCACCUACUAAUGGGCAGCAGAUGAAUAGUCCCAAUGAAGGGGUGACCAUUGAUCUGAAGAAUUUCCGUAAGCCAGGCGAGAAAACUUAUACUCAGAGGAGUCGUCUGUUUGUUGGUAACCUUCCAUCUGAUGUGACCGAGGAGGAACUACGCAAAAUGUUUGAGAAGUAUGGCAAGGCUGGUGAGAUCUACAUACACAAGGACAAAGGAUUUGGCUUCAUCAGACUGGAAACCCGUACUCUAGCUGAAAUUGCUAAGGCAGAGCUUGAUAACUUACCACUGCGUGGGAAGCAGUUGCGUGUUCGUUUUGCCUGCCACAGUGCUGCUCUUUCUGUGAAAAACCUUCCUCAGUUUGUGUCCAAUGAGCUUCUGGAGGAGGCCUUCUCCAUUUUUGGCCAGGUAGAAAGGGCCGUGGUAAUUGUGGAUGAUCGUGGAAGACCAACUGGCAAAGGCAUUGUCGAGUUUGCAUCAAAGCCAUCUGCACGAAAAGCUCUUGACCGCUGUGCCGAUGGCUCAUAUCUCCUAACAGCGUUCCCCCGUCCCAUUACUGUGGAGCCUAUGGAUCAACAUGAUGAAGAAGAAGGCCUUCCAGAGAAACUAAUUAAUAAGAAUCAGAUGUUCCACAAGGAACGUGAGCAGCCUGCUCGGUUUGCCCAGCCUGGAAGCUUUGAGUAUGAGUAUGCCAUGCGUUGGAAAGCUCUGAUUGAAAUGGAGAAGCAGCAGCAGGAUCAAGUUGACCGCAACAUCAAGGAAGCACAAGAAAAGAUGGAGGUUGAGAUGGAGGCAGCACGGCACGAGCACCAGGUCAUGCUGAUGCGUCAAGAUCUAAUGAGACGUCAGGAAGAGCUGAGGAGGAUGGAAGAGUUGCAUAAUCAAGAGAUGCAGAAACGCAAGCAGAUGGAGCUAAGACAUGAAGAGGAGCGUCGAAGACGUGAGGAAGAAACAAGAAGGCAGCAAGAGGAGAUGCUGAGGCGUCAGGAAAGCUACAAGGGCAACUACCCUGAUUCAAGGGAAGCUGACUUGAGGAUGGCGCAGAUGGCUAUGCCAGGUUCAUUAGGUAUUAAUAACCGCCCUCCCCUCAACGCUACUAAUGUUCCUGCCGGCACCACAGCUUCUGCUGGAGCUGGUGCAAUGAUGCCCGAAGGAGCUGCAAUUGGAUUGGCAACCCCACCAACUGAGCGUUUUGGACAAGCUCCCAACAUUGAAAGCCUUGGUGGAAACAACCAAACUGCAUUUCCCCGUGGAACCCCUGGUGGAGGGGAUUUUGGCCCUAACAAACGUCGGCGAUAUUGAUUGUAUUAAGCAGGGUGGCCUGUUCCACAGGCUUGUGAGACUGGUUUUGUAUUGGUAGUGUUCAUGUCAUAUAGGGCAUUCUCCAGAGCAAGUGGAGACUGAUCCUAGAUUUUUAUCAACAAUUUUUGUUGGGGGGUGUUAAAACCUACGUAUGGGCAGGUAAAUUUAUAUAAUGUGAAAAGCGCCGAGGAGUAGAUAACCCAUUUCACACUGGUCUCCAAAAGAGCACAGGUUAAUUUCAGUCCAGUGCCAUGGUGCCUCCCUUUCCUACCACCUUAGACCAUCAUGCAGUUUAAAUUUUUGUUGUACAUUAGUAAGUCUCUUGCUGCCCUAACCUCCAGCUGAAAAGCUGUUUUUUAUAUUUUAUUUUCCACUUUGGACCAUGAAUUUAUUUUGUAGACUAUUUUGUGUGGUUGUUGCCUGCUGGCUUAGGUUAUCUAAUUCAGCACGUCUAUUACGAUCCCUUGGCCCCAAUUCCUGUAUUCUGUUUGUUACAUUUUCCUCAUCUUCUGCCUGAUGUAUGUUUUCUCCAUAAAGCUUGUUAGGAGGAACUUACUGGUUAUAAAGAAGUGUGACAUGUGAUAACCAUUCAUUAAUAAAUGGGAUUUUAAGUCUU